UAACGACAUAGAGUUAAAGUAAGUUUAAAUCAUACGUGUUUAAGCACUUAUACAUGUGUAUGUCGGAUGUUUAAUAGUCAGCCAAUGCAGUGAACAUAUGUUUUUCAUUACAUGAAAUAACUGUGUGUUACAGAAGGCGCGAUGAAGUAUUGUAGUACACGCGGAGGUGUCAGUGACGCCACGUUCGAGGAGGCGGUGUUUACGGGAUAUGCGGCAGACGGAGGGAUCCUCCUUCCACAGGAAAUACAACCUGUCUCCAUGGAAACACUCAAAGCCUGGAGUAAGCUGUCGUUUGUAGAAUUGGCGAAGGAAAUAAUGCAACUGUUCAUCUCGAACGACGAGAUCCCGACUGCUGACUUGAAAGAUCUUGUAGACAGAGCUUUCGCAACUUUCAGUACUCCGGAAGUAGCCCCCGUUACGCGCCUUAAAGAUGACGUCACAAUUUUGGAGCUGUUCCACGGUCGAACUUGGGCGUUUAAGGACGUUGCAUUAUCGUGUGUGGGGCAGUUCAUAAACUAUUUCUGUUCAAAGUCGAAAAAGCAUUAUACAAUUAUCGUUGGAACAUCCGGUGAUACCGGAAGCGCGGCUAUCGAGGCGGUACGGGGGCUUCCGUGGGUGGAUAUCGUGGUUCUUUUGCCCCGAGGCCGCACGUCGCUCGUGCAGGAGCGUCAGAUGACAUCUGUUCUAGAUGACAACGUGCACGUGUUCAGAGUUGAUGGAACAUCGGAUGACCUCGACCUUGUUAUCAAGCCCGUGUUCAUGGACGGGGAGUUCCGAGCCCGCCACCUGCUCACCUCAAUCAACUCCAUCAACUGGGCACGAAUACUCGUGCAGAUUGUGCACUACUUUUACGCCUACUUUCAGAUGAGCCCCGACUGUGAUAAAACUGUUGAAAUUGUGGUGCCUACAGGAGCAUGUGGAAAUGUAACUUCGGGAUGUAUCGCCAGCAAGAUGGGACUGCCUGCGCGACUUGUGUGUGCAGUCACGUGUAACGACAUCGUGGCACGCGCUGUGUCACGUGGCGACUACAGCGUGUCUGCUGGGGUUACGCCCACACUCGCGCCCGCUAUGGACAUUCAGAUCCCGUACAACAUGGAGCGUAUCUGGCACGUUUUUAGCGGCGGUGACUGGAAACUGGUGCGUUCCCUCAUGGACCAGUUUGAGCUGACCGGGGCCGUGCAGGUGCCCGCCGAUCUCCGUGACAAGAUCUCGGCUGUAAUUUGUGAGACAUACGUGGUAAGUGAUGCGACAGUGACCGCUACCAUGAGGCGGCUAUGGGAGGACGGCCAUUACCUCCCGUGUCCACAUACCGCAACUGCUGUCGCCUACCACCUUCACAAAUGGGACAGUGGCAACCGAGACCCUAGAAUUUGCAUCGCCACUGCGUCGGUGGCUAAGUUUCGGGAGGCGGUUGAGGCAGCUCAACUUCCGGUGGCUGCGGACGGCCGCGUCGACGAGCUGCUCAAGCGACCAACACGCUACCGAGACCUGGAGAAGGACGAGGACUGGGACCGGGCGAUCAGAGACGCCGUAGAAGACAUUAACCGCCGCCGCGCCUCCGGGAACUGUUGAUAUUUGUUCUGAUUUUUAUCUCCAUUUUUGUGUUGUAGAAUCCAUUCAACGACUAUAAUAAGUAUAUCCUUCUGGUUGAACAUUUUGCAAGCUUUAACACCCUGUAUUAGUGUCUGGUAGUUUUAAAUAAAUGUUACAAGUAAAAUAUACUUAAAAAUAAAUCAGAUACAUCUUGUUUUGUUUCUUUUAAACGAAGAUCAUUUAUAUGACCGCAAGUUGCGGGUUAUUUGACCAAUUAUAAGGCCGACUUACUGCUUUUAAAAAGAACAAGCGUUAAGAUUGUAAUUAUUGUAUGCAUUUACAAUAAAAUAUAUCAGGAAACUUA